AUGGCGAUUCACCUGUUCCUUCGGUGAUGAUGCUGCUCCAUUUUACACACUUUUUAAAGCAUAAUCCCUGGGAAUAAGUUACCAACUAACUGACAUCUUCGAGGGAAAAUCUGGAUUGACCCACACCGUCCAGGAUGUCCACGGAGGAGCUGUCAGCUUCGGAUAGCGAGGCUGUGUUCGCGGGCGCCGGGGAGCGAUGGGCACCGGUGGGUGCCGUAGCCAGCCCCGAGGAGGAGAGCAGCGUUAAGCCGAGGCAGAGAGGCUUAUCGUCAGCCACGGAUGAGGAGAUGGCCUUCCGGCUGAGGAAGCUGGAAGAGGAGCAGGACUUGUUGAACUCGUCUCUUUUAGCUCUCACGUCGCACUUCGCCCAGGUUCAGUUCCGCCUGAAGCAGAUCGUUCACGCUCAGAGCGAGGAGAAGGAGAGGAUGCUGGCCGAGCUGGAGGAGUUCGCCUUCAGGGGCUGCCCGCACGUCCUGGGCUGCAGAGCUCAGGAUGCCAGGCAGCUGGAGAACUCGGAAGAUCUGAGCGAGAGGGAGAAGAGAGAACGUUUGGAGGCUCAGAGGGAAAAACAAAAGGAUCUCAUUUUCCAGCUGAAGACGCAGUUGGAUGACCUGGAACGUUUCGCCUAUCAGGAGGGCAGCUACGACUCGCUGCCGCAGUCUGUCGUCAUGGAGAGACAGAAGGUCAUCAUUGACGAGUUGAUAAAAAAGUUGGAUGUGAAUCUGAACGAGGACAUCGGGAACCUGUCCCCAGAGGAGCUGAGACAACGCGUGGACGCCGCCAUCGCUCAGAUCGUGAACCCGGCCAGAGUCAAAGAGCAGCUGGUUGAGCAGCUCAAGACUCAGAUCAGAGACCUGGAGAUGUUCAUCAACUUCAUCCAGGAUGAAGUGGGAAACCCUCUUUUGCCGGAUGGUGGGCGGAGUCAACAGCCGAAACCUGGAGCAGCCAACGCCGGAGCUGCGGGAAUGAAAAAGAAAGUGGAUCCGGUCCAGGCGCAGAGGAUGCGGGAAAGCGGCCUGCAGCUCAUCCAGAAGGCUCUCGCUGUGCUGCAGAUCUUCGCUGCCAGUCAGUUCGGCUGCUCCGCCGGACACGUCCCUCAGAAUAUGUGGCCCCAGGACUCGCCGGGGCGGGACUACGGCCCUUUGCUCCAGCGUCUGGAGGCCGCCGUGGAGAAGGUGCGAGUGCUGGGCUCGCGCCGACAUCCCUCAGUGGAACAUGUAGUCAGUUACAGCAGCACGUCCACGUUAGGGGCCCGAGACGAGCUGACAACCGCCGUGAGGAAGGAGCUGUCGCUGGCUCUGAAGGACCUGUUGGCUCACGGCCUGUUUUCCCCUUCGCAGACCAUGAGCCUGGUGCUGGCCCCCAUCUCUUGCCUUCUGCCUUACACACCCGCCCCACAAACCCUGCACCCCUGGGAACUCUUUGUGAAGUUUUACGAAUCCAAAAACGGGAAAGCCUUUGUGGAAUCGCCAGCCCGGAAGCUCUCCCAGUCCUUCAGCCUGAAUGUCGGCGUCGGCCCAGGACCGGUGACCCCGAAGCAAUCUCUGCUGUGGGCCAUCCACACGGUGCUGAAGGAGCACGGCCGCUACAAGAGGGGGCCGGACACGGAGUUCAAAGCUCUGGUGUGCAUGGCUCUGAACGAGCAGCGCCUCGUGUCGUGGCUCAACCUGCUGUGUAAGUCUACCACUCUGAUACACCCCCAUUACCAGUGCUGGAGCUACAUGGCCCAGACGGGCUUCGAGGGAGCCCUACGCAUCCUGGGCCGCAUCAGCCACCUCAGGUUCAACCUGCCGGUGGACCUGGCUGUACGGCAGCUCAAGAACAUAAAAGACGCUUUCUGACGAGGCCCAUCAUUAAAGCGUUUAACCAGCUUUCGUUCGGGACCAAAAGCAUGAUCCUGUUGGUAUUCUUUAACCCUUUAAAGGUUGUUUACGUGUGUGAUGUGAGCAGUAUGUGCAUGGAUGUGGUGUUAAUCUGCAUAUCCCACUAAGACGGCAGCGCUGCUUGUACUGUGAACAUGCCUUAGAUCUCCGACAGCGAUUACCUCACCUUUAGUAAGCCUUCUUGUACGAUCUAUGUGACCUAUGCUCAGCAGCAUGCAUCUUCCUCUGCUGUACCUGAUAGUGCCCUGAACCUAUGCAGCAAACAUGGUGGGAGUGACGAAAAGCUACCAUAAAUGGAAAGGUAGAGAAGGAAAAGAUGUGAAACUGUGCCGGAUGCUGUUACCAAAGCAGGAGGGAUUUGUGUAGCAAACGGCAUCAAAAUCGAAGCUCUCUGGCCGCACCAGAGGAAAAAUGUCCGCUCUGCGUGACGCUGUUGUAAACAUGCAGCUUUCUGCCAUGUUAAACGAACCACCGAAUGUGUUCCUGUGUUUCGGCUCCGAGUGUUUUUCAUAUUAAGUGAGUUUACCGUCCGGGGUAUGAGGAAAUCUCAUAAUUAAAGGAAUCCUUUUUAUUCCAGAAUCUCUUUUAUUUUCCAUCAGCAGUAGAUUAUCUCAGUGAAGACCUGAAUGUAUGAACCGUAAAUGCUGUUAAUCUUCAGUUUAACUCAUAUUGGUUGUUUAUUUUAUUAACAUGUAUGACACUAAAAUCCUUUGUAUGUAUUUUCUGUUGUAUUCUCGUUGUAGAGCACCUUCUUCAGUCACAUUUACUACAUGCUGUCUCACUUUUUCCUUGUUUUUGUCUAGAUGUUUAUUUAUUAGAUGCAAUUCAAACACUUUAAGUAGCUGCUGUGCUGUAGCAGUUGAGUCUUGGAGCUGCAUAUGGGAUCAUUUAAAAUAACUUAUGCUAUAUUUAAUUAGUUAAAGAUAAUAUAUGAGGAUAUAUGAAAUGUUUUGGUUUUACUAUAUUUAAUGUAAACCUGCAGUUGUAAAAU